AUGCAGCUCAGCAAGAUCUUCCAGACUAUCGCGCUCCUUGGAGCUUCUAUGCCUGCUUUGGCAUGGAACAGGCUUGACAAGGACAACGCUGCCCUUCUGGUCAUCGAUCACCAGGUUGGUCUCGCCCAGCUGGUCCGCGACUACAGCACCAAUGACUUCCGCAACAACAUGCUGGGUCACGCCGCUGUCGGAAAGGCCUUCAACCUCCCCACCGUUCUGACCACCUCCUCCGACACCGGUCCCAACGGUCUCCUCCUCAAGGAAAUCCGCGAUAUGCACCCCAACGCCACCCUCGUCCAGCGCCAGGGUGAGGUCAAUGCCUGGGAUAACGAGGAGUUCCGUGCUGCCGUCCGGGCUACCGGCAAGAAGCAGCUGAUCAUUGGUGGUAUCGUGACUGAAGUUUGCACUGCCUUCCUGGCCCUCUCCCUCAUCGACGAGGGCUAUGAGGUCUUCGCCAACACCGAGGCCAGCGGAACCUUUGACCACCGUCUCGCUGAGGAUGCCAACCGCCGCAUGGAGAAGGCCGGCGUCACCCUCAUGGGUCUCUUCGGCAUCGUUACCGACCUCAUGCGCGACUGGAGACACACCCCGGGACUCCCUGAGCUGCUCCCCAUGCUUGACAAGUACCAAUUCGCCUAUGGUCUGGUUGCCCGCCACCACGCCGGUGCUAUUGAGAAUGGCACUCUCGCUCCCAUUGAGUCGACUCUGAUCUAA